AGGGCCUUCAACCCUGCCUGCGCCGAGACCCGGCUCCUCCUGGUGGGCCCUGGCCUCCCCCAGCCACCAACACUCGCCCAGGCCUUUCCCGCAGCGGAGGUGCGGCUGUCUGUCUUCCACCUCUGCAAGUGCCUGCAGCAGCAGAUCCAGCAACUGGCCUUGGAGGGCCCCACUGAGCGCCUGAUCCUGGCCGCCCUGAGCGACACCAUGUGCGCAGCCACCGAGAGCAGCCGCAGGAAGAUGCAUGCCCUCCUGAGCAACCUCGUGACACCGGACUUGCUGCCUCAGCUCCAUAUUCACUGGCUGCUCAAUGAUGAGAUCUGGGCCACACACAGGGAGAGGACUUGGGGGGACAGCUGUAACUACUUCAGGGACCUGGAGAUGGCAACCCAGGGGUUAAGCCAGGUUUUCAGCGCUGGGCUCUCUCUGGAGAGCUGUAUCACCUCCUUAGCCCAGCACUACCAAAAGUAUGUUUCUAAGAGCCCCCCUGAUGCCAUGACAUGCUCCGCUCCCUAUCCUGAUCACCGUGUUGCUUGGGCAGCUCCUCAAAGCCUGCCUGCCUCGCGUUCACCUCUCGCUCCUCCAGCAUACCAGGGUAAGCCAUCUCAGAGCUCUGUCCAGGGUCCACCAGCAGCAACUCUGCUCCCUGUGGCUCUUCAGUGUCAGCCUGAAAUCCCGCAGGCUCUCGUCCGGAGUGAGCCCGCAAGCCCUCAGUCUUCAUUAGAUCCUUCAUCUCCUGCGGCUAAACUGGAGGCCACAGAAAACCCGGAGGGUGACAGCAAGGAGGAGAUUAACCGUAGGACUGAAGAACGCAUCAAGCAGUCUUUGAGCGAUAUUUGCACAGAGCCCGCUGCCAGGCUGUGCCUGAGCGAGUUUGCGGUGGUUCAGAAAUCUGUGCAGCUGAUAGGCACCAGGGAGGAUGCUCUCAGCAUACAGGUCCUGGAGGAUGCCCACAGGGUGGACCUCAAAGGCCUGAGCAGCUGCACUUGCCACUUCAGCCAGGUCUUCCAGCUGCCCUGCCGGCACAUCCUGGCCGUGCUGAAUUCGGACAGGAAGACCUUGCAGCCAGAGAUGCUCAGCAGCCAGUGGCACAAGGGAUACAAUGCUCAUCAGGCUGGGCAAGACAGUGCUGAUGGCCUCUUGGAGAUCCUGAAGAGCUCCUGGAAUGAGUCUUUGGAUAAAUCCCUAGUGGUGUCUUUCCUCACAGCAGAGAUCAGCCGGCUUCUCACCCAUUGCAGUGGGGAGGAGUUUGAGCACAGGUACAGGACCCUCCGGGAGCUCGCCGACAGCUGGAUCGGGCCCUAUCUCGAGGUGAAGCUCUAG